AUGUUGAGGACGUCGCUUGCCUUUCUCAUCGUAGUAACAUGGAUAUUCCACGGAUGCCAUGGAUUUGGGUUAAAAAGUGCGAACGGGAGCAUCGGAGCAUCCUACCCCGCAGCUUUCUCGUUUUUGGCCGCUAGAGAGGGGGUUAGCGACGGGUCUAAGAAGAGUUCCGGGGCGGUGCCAAUUAAGACGUUAGCCUGCCCCUUACCCUUGCCAGUCGUCCCGCUGAAGAGGCCCGGGGAUUCCACUCUCCUUGGAAUCGUUUCCUCUCUACCCGCAGACAGCAUUCGGAAGCACGACUAUAUCGGGCUUUCUCAUGCUGUGAUCGUUAUCGCUAGGGAUGUUCGGUGGCCGCAACUAAAACACGUUCUGAAAAAGCUGGCUGAACCGGGUUCACGGUGUAAAGUGACGUCCAAAUACCAGCAGUUGAUCAUUGACAAACAUACAAACUUUGGCGACCCAAAGGCGUUUCCACAAACGACCGCAAGGAUCGUGCCUACAGGGGUCAGCCAGAGGCUACAUGCUGAACCGCAGAAAGGCGGUGCAGACGAUCUCGCAAUUCUUCUGUUCGAAAUCGCCCAUGACUGCAAAAUGUCAGCUGUUCAGGCAACGAUUACGAAUCCUUUGACGUUCCACGUAAACUAUCCAUUUUUCAGCCUAGAGGUAAACGGUAAGCGCGUCGACAAUAACGCUACCUUCGAGGACGAAAGACUCUACCCUCAAGUUAUUUUGUCAUCAAAAUUUGAGGGCAAGACCCACGAGCGUCCCCUGACGAAAUCUCGGAGUUUGCCAAGUCUUAUGACGACACCCGAAAUUGCUGUGAAACAGCGGCCCCAUAGUGUGAGUUUCUAG